AUGGUCAGAUUACUGUUAGCGUUUUCUGGCUUCCAACUUACUUUUAAGAGCAAUGCUCGAGUUGGCGUACAGUGCACUGCUCAACUUAACUCAGAGUCAUCAAAAGACGCAGAUCUCAAUCCAUAUGAGCUGAUCAGACCUGUAUUUACAAAAAAGUUUUGCGCCUAUCGAGUGGAAAACUAUUGGACUUAUGAAAUCUGUCACGGCCGGUACAUUCGUCAGUUUCAUGAAGACCCUCGAUCCCGGCAAGAAGGAGUUGCGCAAGAAUAUUACCUAGGCAAAUUCGAUCUAAAGCAGCUGGACAAGCUUUCAAAGAAUUACGAAGAGAAUGAACGCGGCAAAAAGCGGCCAACGGUCACCGUGGAAGACCUGACACUGCCUUUCAUUGAGGUCAACUUUACCGACGGUUCAUUGUGCGACUUGUCCAGCAAAAAGCGCUUCACCCGUGUCCUCUACGUUUGCCUCGAAGAAGGUAACCACGACCUUUAUUCGAUCAAGGAAACCAGUACUUGCGAAUAUGAAGUGGUCUCCUUUUCGCCUUUGCUUUGCAAAUCGUCCGAAUUCAAGCUAAAAACUGCCGUAGAAAAUGAAAUCAAGUGCUAUCCGAUGAACGCUCAAACGCCGGCCGUUCCAGUCGGCUAUGAACUUGAUAGAAUUCAAAAAGAAAAGGAAAAGGAAAAGGAGCAACUGAAAAGUCUAAAGGAAGAGAAAAACGAAUUGGGGUCGAUAUUUGAGGGCAAAAGGAUCAGCAUUGAAACUGACAGUACAGGCCAAGGAAUUCGCAUCAAAAUUGUUCCUGAAUCGGAGAACAAGCGUGCAUUCACGCAGAUUGCCAGACAGUUUCUCACUGGAGAGUACUGCCUGACUGGGGGCUCAGGCUGGUGGAAGUACGAGUUUUGCUAUGGCAAAAAAGUGGACCAGUAUCACGAGGAGAAGAACGGCAAGAAAGUGUCAAUUAAUCUGGGCAACUGGGACUUGAAGGAGCACGUAAAGUGGCUCGAGGCAAAUCCAUCGAAACGACCCAAGGCGGGCAAGACGCCAAAGCAAGUGUCGCACUUUUACUCCUAUGGAGAAGCGUGUGACUUGACCAAGAAGCCGCGAACAGUUGAGGUGAAGUUAAAAUGUGGCUCAAGCGCUAACUCUGAAUCGGUGACCAUUUACUUGAUGGAGCCGAAAACUUGCGAAUACGUUUUAGGUGUGGAAUCGUCUAUUAUCUGCGAGCUGCUAAGCACUGUCGACGAGAAUGGCCUCUUUGUCAUUUCGCCGGCCAGCGACGAGUCAUCAAUGUCUUCUUCAUCUUCUUCGCUCUCUUCAUCAGCUGAACUGUUUGAUGAUGACGAGUCAAAGGAUUAA